UUGAGUGGUACCUAGAGCACUAUCAAUCUUAUUCACAAAUUACAGAAGCUUUUGGUCUUGUUUUAAGUCGUCUGAGACUCUUCGGACUUCAAACGGGAAAUCCAUUUCUCUGAAUUUUUAGUUUUUAUUUUUCUUAUUUGCGCAAAUUUUGUUGGAGUUUUCUUUAAGUAGCAUGGCGUCCAUUAUUGCAAGCUUGCCUCCACCACUGGCCGCCCAUGGUAGAAAUAAUACCUUCUUCAGCGCUCUUCCAAAACUCCCUUUUUCUUCCAUUAGAGAGAGACAGAAUCGUGCCUCUGUCGUGGUGAAGGCUACUGGGGAAAGCUCGGAGUCUUCGAACUCCCUUAGUAUUGUAAAAUCUGUUCAGAAUGUCGUAAGCUCUUUCCCUCUGUGUUCUUGUAAUCACAUCUUCUUUAUGUCUGGUUUGUGUUUAUUCAAUCAAAAAAGCAUUGUUUGGCAAAAUCAAAUCAUGUGGGAUAACUCGGAAGAUCGGCCAGGUCUUGUUGGUUUGGGGUUUGCAGCUAUAGUUGCAUUUUGGGCAUCAUCGAAUCUGAUUACAGCCAUCGACAAGUUGCCGCUUAUCCCAAGUGUACUAGAAUUUGUUGGCAUACUUUAUUCUUCGUGGUUUAUAUAUCGAUACCUCUUAUUCAAGCCUGAUCGGGAAGAGCUUUUCCAAAUCGUCAACAAAUCCAUAUCAGAUAUCUUGGGCCAGUGAAUUUCUAAUAAAUCCCAACUGUUGUGGCAGAUGUGUAAUUCCAGAUAUGAGAAUGUAUUUUGGGGAAGGGAUUGGCAGGAAGUGGGUGGAGUGAAAGAGCAAUUUGUACAAAAUUUGCUCACAUUUUAAUGUGGUGCAUAAUUUCCUUAUCUCUCUUGGUUUCCAUCUUUCAUUGGAGAACCCUACUUGAAGUUGACCCAGAAA